AUGAAGUUCACUGUACCCAAGACACUCGGCCCUGACGUUACUAUGAAAGAGACAGACUACUACGCGGCCAGCGUCUGGGUUGGUAUUGACGGCUUAACACACGGCAAUGCUCUUCUACAGACCGGAGUGACGGUGGAGAUUAACAAGUCCAUUUCCGAUGAGGUUGCAUACGUUCCGUGGUAUGAAUGGUGGCCUAAUAUCGCGAUGAAGCUGGACAUUUCCAUUAGAGGGGGGGACGAGGUUGAAGUUGAGGUGGUCAUGUUCAACGGGACAUCGGGAAAGAUCCUACUGUGGAACAAAUCGAGGGGCGAAUGGGUGGCGCGAACUUUGCAAGCACCUCGUCCAGACUCCGUUCUGGCAGGCCACAGCGUCGAAUGGAUUGUAGAAGACUUUGCUCUCAGUGAGGGCGGCAACGUUCCUUUUGGCGAUUUUGGUAUCAUCGAAUUGAGAGAUUGCAAGGCACAUACGAGCACGGACGAGGUGGUUGGCCCUGAUACAAACCAGCCCUUCUACAUUAGACAGAAUAACAUGACGCGCACAAGUGUAGCAUUGGAUGGCCAUUCAGUUUCCAUAGAGUAUCUCACAGAGCUUUAA